ACCAUGGGCGCCACGCGGCUAGGCCGAUAUCAAGCUUGGUACGAGUCUAGACUUCUUACACAGAUGAACAUCAUGCUAAUAGUCUCAGCGACCGAUGCCGCACACGACAUAUCCGUUUGUGCCUCGGAGGUACCCAGACGUACUUCACCUCCGAGCGAGAGCCCGGGAGUUGUGAUCGGGGAAGAUCAUACAGAAUCCGGGGCUUCCAUCCAGGUGGAUUCUGUGGAUGACGCUGGGGUGUCAGACGAUUUUCUCUUGGGUCUCGGUAGUCCAGAGAGUUCUGUCGAGCUGACUACGAAUGCGUCGAGUUCGCCGGAAACGCCAAAUUCUCUCAUAGCUCGAGGUAAUCUUAUAUCUCCUGAGGGUGCAGAGAAGCUGCCUUGGCCGUUGGAGUCCCCAUUCGAGGCGUCACUUCUCAAAUAUUUUCUCACGACCCUUUCCCCUUGGUUUGACUACUGUGAUCCAUACCAGCACUUCCGCACUUAUAUUGGCAAUAACGCCGCAACUGAGAUCACGCUCCUAUACGCUGCCCUGGCGGUUUCCGCUCGCCACCAAAGCACAUCCCUCAACUGGCAGAGUCAUGUCGCAGACGAGUACCAGAAGCGCUGCCUCCGAAGCCUCAUAGCGGCACUGAAUGACCAGGAGACGGCGCUGCCUGAUACGAUCCUGGCUUCGGCAGCGAUCCUCCGCUUCUUCGAAGAGAUGACCGAAACCCCCGAGGACUCCACCCGUACUCACCAUAUGCUAUCCGCCCAACUUCUCCUCCGCAUCACCGAAGGCCAUGUUUUCCGCUCGAGCUUUACCGACGCUGUAUUCCUCGUCGUACUUCGAUCCGAGAUCUACGUAGCCAACCUCACGCAACGCCCAAUAGGCAACCUAGCCGACCACUGCAACAUCGACACCUCAUUGGAACCCACGUCCGAACGAAUGUGGGCUCUUCGAGCCAUCGCUCACGUCGCAAAAGUAACCAACCUCGCCUACGGCGAGGGUGCCGUCAAUCCGACCCAAAACCACCACUGGGAGUGCCUAAUGCAGUACAUCGAAGACUGGGAGCGUCUGUGUCCUGAAUCAUUCCGGCCGAUAUAUUCGCAGAAACAGAUCUCGCCCGACAAUCCGUUUCCGCAGCUGUACUAUGCGAAUGAUUACCACGUUGCCGCGCGGCAGCAUAUUGAACUUGCGCGGGUGCUUUUGCUGGCCUCGUGUCCGCAGAGCUGUCUCUCACGUAUUCAGCAGAGGAGGAGGGGCAGGAGUAAUAAUGAUCGGAUACGAGAUAGUGCUCGGAUUAUCUGUGGGGUGGCCAUGUCAAACCCGGAGUUUACACAGGCGCUGGUGGGUGCGGGUCUUGUGAUUGCGAUAUGUGGGGAGCUGUUUGAUGAUCCGGCUGAAACUACACUCCUGUUCCAGAUUCUCUCAGAGGCGGAGUCGCACCUUGGGUGGCCGUGUUUGAAGGCGAAGGAGUAUCUGAGGGGACUUUGGCGGGUUUAG